AUGGCGACCCAGCAAGCCAUGUUCUCCGAGACGAUCGCUGGCAUGAAGAAGGCCUUGAAGAGAAAGUCUUACGGUAGGCACGCUCUGCGAUUCGUUCAAGCACCUAUUACUGAUCGUGUCCACUCAGAUUCGGACUCCGACAGCUCGAUCGAGGAAAUGACGAAUCGAGGAAACAAGUUGAAGAAAAGGUCCAGAUUUGUUCACGAACACCAGCUGGCAGCGCCCACAGGCCCCCAAGCUUAUAAGAAGGUACGACGAAGCGCUUUGCAGAAGCUAUAACCUACACGCGACUAACAACGAUACAGACGGUCGAGCACGGAGGAUACUAUCGAGAAACAAUAAGUCGAAAUCCACCACUCAUUGACGAAGAUGGGUUUGAAGUCGAUAGCGACGACGACGACGAGAGGGCACAGGCUGCAAUUGCUGCGGCUGCCGAAUUCAACCCGUACGCUGGUAUCAAAAUUGAAGGUAAGAAGGUUUGUUUGGUUGUGGUCUGCGCUUUCGCUGAUGCUGUCCAAUAGAGCUCCUCAUGCCACUGGUCGUGGCCUCGGACCUACCACAUCAUCCUACUCUAUCGAAACCCUUCUUUUCAAAAACCCUGUCAGAACUCACACAACAUGCUGGUGACAUGGUACACAAAGAGAAAGCUUCGUUAUGGAGGAUCAAGCACCUUUUUACGAGAUUGAGCGGUGAUCAUACAUGGAUACCUUGUGGCAGCCUGGAGACGGAAGACGAUUAUCGGUUUUUCCUAGACGAGAGAGAUGAUCCGAGGAGAAGGGUGCUAGAAAAGCGCCUCUCAAAGGACGAUGUAGACCAAGCGUCGACAGGAACGCUUGUUUCGUAUGACCCGGACCAGCCUGUGGAGAUAUUGGAUGCUGUGACCCGUGCUACUGAUGCCGCUCUUGAUAGCAUGAAAGACGUGGGCCAGGAGACCAACGGCACAGAAAACGCGAACAUUAAACCGACUCAUGAUAUGGGAAUCGGUAACAAUGCAAACGGGGUUAAGUUGGAUGAGCCCCAGGAGAAUUCCAAUGGGUUAAUCGACAGGGAAAUGACAGAUACAGCCAUGAAUUUGGAAGGCGUUGCGGACACGGCCAAUGAAAACGAGGAGGGUGAUACAACUCUGGUAGAUAUGGAGAUUGAGGGAGGGGAACCAGAAGAUGUUCCAGCUCCUCGCCGUAUGAGAACCCGCGCGCAAGCGCAAGCAGCAUCUGAAAACGCUACGUCUAGUAGAACUAGAUCAGAAUCCCCCGAUUUCGAUAACGAAAACUUCAUACACCCGUAUUUCUUGGCACCUAACAAAUCACAUCCCGAUCGAGAUGUUGGUUUACCGCAAAAUGAAGCUGAAGAAACGAGGAGGAUACUCCAGCUCUAUAUACAAAAACAGGAAGAAGUCUGCCGAGGCGCUCAAAAGUUAUACGAGGGACUUCUAAGAGCAGAUCGAUAUCGAAAAUUAGUCAUGAAAUGGGCCAAAGCCGAGGCCCAUGUUGGCGUGAACAGAGAUAUGUCAGAUGGAGAGGAUUGGUAUGAUAAAGAAGAAUGGGGGUUGGGCGAAGACCUCAAAAAGGGGCAAGACGAGGAAGAAGAAGAUGCCGCAACUACAGCGAAGAAAACAAGGACGAGAAGACAGUAA